AUGAUGCAAGAUGAUGCUGUUAGUAUUGAAAGCGGUACUAACACCGAACGCCCUGACACACCAACAAACACUCCUAAUGCACCGGGAAGAAAAAGCUGGGGGAAAGGAAAAUGGAAGUCAAAGAAGUGCAAAUAUUCCUUCAAAUGUGUAAAUAGCCUAAAGGAGGACCAUGGUCAGCCUUUAUUUGGAGUGCAGUUUAACUGGCACAGUAAAGAAGGUGAUCCUCUCGUUUUUGCCACUGUAGGCAGCAACAGAGUUACUUUAUAUGAGUGUCAUUCCCAAGGUGAAAUCCGUCUGUUGCAGUCCUACGUGGAUGCUGAUGCAGAUGAAAAUUUCUAUACCUGUGCAUGGACAUAUGAUAGCAAUACAAGCCAUCCUCUUCUGGCCGUGGCAGGGUCCAGGGGUAUUAUUAGGAUAAUUAAUCCUAUUACAAUGCAGUGCAUAAAGCACUACGUGGGCCAUGGAAAUGCAAUCAAUGAACUGAAAUUCCAUCCAAGAGAUCCAAAUCUCCUUUUAUCUGUAAGCAAAGAUCAUGCAUUGAGACUGUGGAACAUCCAGACAGACACGCUGGUUGCAAUAUUUGGAGGAGUAGAAGGGCACAGGGAUGAGGUGUUAAGUGCAGAUUAUGAUCUUCUUGGUGAAAAAAUCAUGUCCUGUGGGAUGGAUCACUCUCUAAAACUCUGGAGAAUUAAUUCCAAGAGAAUGAUAAACGCCAUCAAAGAAUCUUACGAGUACAACCCAAACAAAACUAACAGGCCUUUUAUUUCCCAGAAAAUUCACUUUCCUGACUUUUCUACGAGAGACAUACAUAGAAACUACGUUGACUGUGUACGAUGGUUGGGAGAUCUAAUUCUUUCCAAGUCUUGUGAAAAUGCCAUUGUGUGCUGGAAACCUGGCAAAAUGGAAGAUGAUAUAGAUAAAAUCAAGCCCAGUGAGUCAAAUGUGACCAUACUUGGGAGAUUUGAUUACAGCCAGUGUGAUAUAUGGUACAUGAGGUUUUCAAUGGAUUUCUGGCAAAAGAUGCUUGCUCUGGGCAACCAGGUUGGCAAACUUUAUGUUUGGGAUUUAGAAAUAGAGGAUCCUCAUAAAGCCAAGUGUACGACUCUUACUCAUCCUAAAUGUGUCGCUGCCAUUCGACAAACCAGUUUUAGCAGGGACAGUAGUAUCCUUAUAGCUGUGUGUGAUGAUGCCAGUAUCUGGCGCUGGGACAGACUACGAUAAAAUACUUUUUCUUAAUUCAAAGUAGAAAAUAUAUUUUCAAAUUAUAAUCUAGUCUGUUAACUCGCUAGUACGGUAGAUGCAUUUCGUGUAGACUUUCUCGAAGGUUCGGCGGGCUAGAGCUGAACUUAGUGAUGUUUACAUUCUGUGUAUUGUUCUGCUUGAAAUUGCUGCUUUUAAUAAAAAGAAGUAUUUUUGUAAAGUU